GCCCCGAAGGUGUUUUUUUUUUUACCCGUGUUCUUUACUCGUUUCAAUUCUUCUCGUCCUUUAGGAGUAUCCAUUAAAAUAAAAUGGCGAACUGUGAAGGGUUUAGGAAUAGAGCAGCCUUAAAACUGGUCCUAGCUCUCUUUCUUCAAACAUGUUACGUUUUGGGGACGGUAAAGUCCAUCGGCGUAUAUCUACCCGAGCUGAAAGUAGGUCUAGGACUAACAUCAACCGAUAUUGGACUAGAUUUGGGUUUGUUCAGUGCCUUCGCAUUUGGCUCAGGUCCAAUUGUAGCGUUCCUCUACCAAAGGCUCCAUGGAGGAUACAGAAGGCUCCUGGUGAUGACGGGGGCAUUCCUAGCCCCAGGUGGGCUCAUCCUGGGAUACCUGGUGACCAACAAUGCCCAGUUAGCUUCCUGUCUAAUAGCUAGCGGUCUCGGUUACAACAUCCUCUCAAUCUCAGUCGUGAUCACUCUGAGUAACGAAAGUGGUGAUGCCUUUAUCAUCUUCUACGGCAUAGGCAAAUCUGGUUAUGCCUUCGGAAUGACCUUCGUGCCUCUGUUGGCAGAUUACCUGAUGGACAUCUACGACUGGAGAGGGUCUUUGCUGAUAAUCGGAGGCAUCAUGACUCAUCUUAUCCCUUUGAUGAUGAUAGUUGAUAUCAAUACAGCUAGACAUUGUAUACAGGAUGCACCUGGAAGCAGCAACAGCGGUGCUGAAAACCCUGAUGAAUCCCCGGAUGCGACCGACGAAGAAUCUAGUGCAAGAUUAGUGGAGAGAGCAUCGAUUCGGCAGCAGGAUGAGGUAACCAUCAAUGGUUUCUGUGACCAAAGGCCACCUGGAUAUGGCGACAACAGCACUGGAAAAGAUAAUGGCCACAUGGAUGAAGUCUACGAAGAAACAACUAAUGAUGAGAUCGGAUUGACGAAGAUACCGUCCGUUAGUUCAUGGCAUCUAGACAUGAGGAUGAACUGUUCUGAAUUGUGUGGCUGUGCUAUUCGUAUCUUACAGAACUCUGUCUACAAUCGUGAUCGCUGGUUAGUUCUUCUGAUGUUUGCCUCAUUAGUGUAUGCCAUGGGUAGCGGCAGCUGGUACGCAUUCUUGAUCCCUCGCGCGGUUGGCCGAGGUAUCGAGACAAGAAGAGCACUUUUCCUCGCUUACUCUUCGGCGGCCGCAGCCUUCAUUACCCGCUGUUUUGGAGGCUUACUCGUUUACAAGAAAAUCUUUUCAGCCCAACGAUUGUUUUCUUUCCUGACCUUACUCAACGUGGCAUCGCUCCUUGUCGACAUCUUUGUCCCAAAUGUUGCUGUCAUGAUCGUUACGUCAUUUAUAUCGUCUCUGUCGAUUUCCUUUCGAAACACUUUGGCCUUAGUGAUCUGCAAGGAAAGAGCUCUUCAUGCAGAGUUUCCUUUGAUCCUUGCCUCGGUGGACAUCGUCUCUGGACUCGGAGUCCUAUUUGGAGAAUGGUUAUCAGGUUUCGUUGCUGACGUGUAUGGUAGCUUCAAUGCGUCGUUUAUGUUCAUCGCCGCAGUCGACGGGCUUGUGUUCUGUCUUAUGGUACCACCAAUGAUUGCCGGGAAUAUACCAGCUCGUAGUUAGCUUUGGUACACAAUGAAAGACCACCGAAUUUCCACGGAUCUUUUACACAUGGAGACAUCCCACCUUGUGCACGAAGUUCAUGAAGAUUUUUCGUUUGCCUUUUUGUGAAGAAUACUUCCACUUGUGUAUGAUAGAGAAAUAGAGAAUGUUCCGUCGGUAAAUAAAUGAUCAUUAUGAUUACAUAGUUUUCAGUAGUACGUAUAUAAUACUUGUCUCGAUGUUUUUUUUUUUUUUUUUUCAAAAUUGGUACCUUUAUCUGCAUGCCUUUGCACAAGCAGUAUCUCCGAAGUGGCUCAUUAAAUGGAUAAGAGUGAUAGAAUGGAGAGAGAUAAUCCGAAAGAUGUGGUAGGGAAGGGGGAGACGUAACCCCACGUUUUGAAAAGUGGGACAAAAUUAUCAAAGGCACCCCUACACUAGUCCAGAAUCUGCACGGUCCUUUAUAAUUUCCCUACACUUGAUUCAAGCCGUCGAAGAUGGCGUUAUCAA